UUCAUUUUCUUGUAGUCCUCAAGUGGACCCGUCCAACUUUUUGGUUCGGUCCAAAACAAACUGCUGCUUGAGGACUGCGGCACGCUGACACCGAGAAGGAAAAUAUCAGCAACAGAAAAUAAGAACGAUACUAAUGAGAAAGAUGUUCGACUACAUGGACCUGCAGGUCUUCGACAACGCGAAGCCGGCGAGCCCGUGCAUGCUGACGGCUGGGAACCCGAACGAUAUCCGACGGCAACGCCUGGAGCGCCCCUCGGAGCACCGCCCGGUGCAGCGGCUCACUGCGGGGGACCUCCCGGAGCUCUUCCACGGCUACUGGCAAUCCGUGAUAAGCCCCAGCAGUUCGUCCAUGUGCACCCCCUCCUCUCCGCCACCUCGCACCCACAAACCUUGCUUCAUCUGCCAGGACAAGUCAUCAGGCUACCACUACGGAGUCAGCGCCUGCGAGGGCUGCAAGGGUUUCUUUCGCCGUAGCGUCCAGAAGAAAAUGUCAUACACGUGUCAGCGAGACAGGAAGUGUGUCAUCACCAAGGUGACCAGGAACACGUGUCAGUAUUGCAGGCUGCACAAGUGCUUGGCGGUCGGCAUGUCCCAACAAUCGGUGAGGAACGACAGAACGAGUCAGAAGAAGGCCAAGAAGCAGGACGAAGUUCCAAAGAUGGCCAUCGGCGACACGUACGAGAUGACAGCCGAGCUGGAUGCCAUCGUGGAGAAGAUCUGCAUGGCGCACAGAGACACGUUCCCGCCACUGUGCCAACUCGGACAAUACACCACAAAGUCCAGCUCUGAGCAGAGGGUCCAAUUGGACUUGGGUCUGUGGGACAAGUUCAGCGAUCUGGCCACAAGGUGCAUCAUCAAAGUGGUGGAGUUUGCCAAGAGAGUGCCCGGAUUCACCGGCCUCAACAUGGCCGACCAGAUCACCCUGCUCAGGUCCGCCUGCCUGGAUAUGCUGAUUCUGAGGAUUUGUGCUCGCUACACCCCGGAAAAGGACACCAUGACCUUCUCUGAUGGCCUGACGCUGACGCGAACUCAGAUCCACAACGCCGGCUUUGGUCCGCUCACAGAUCCGGUUUUCACUUUCGCCGGACAGAUGGUGCCUUUACAAAUGGACGACACUGAAAGCGGACUCCUCAGCGCCAUCUGUCUUGUCUCCGGGGAUCGGCAGGACCUGAAGGAGCCGUCCAAGGUGGAGGUGCUGCAGGAGCCUCUUCUGGAGGCUCUUAAGAUCUACUCGCGCAAACGUCGGCCCAGCGCGCAACUGCUCUUCCCCAGGGCCCUCAUGAAGAUCACAGACCUGCGCAGUAUCAGCGCUAAAGGAGCUGAGCGUGUGGUCACGUUAAAAAUGGAAAUCCCGGGCUGUAUGCCGCCCCUCAUCCAAGAGAUGCUGGACGAGGUCCCGGAAAACAAAGAAAACAAUUCUUGGACAAUUGAGGGACGUGGUCGUCAACUUGACCAUCUCAGGGAACAACAGCAACAAAGCUAACCUCUUGUAAGAUCUUCUGGACUUUAUUUAUAUUGCUAAGACAGCUCAUGGAUUUGUUUUACCUCGUGGGAUAUGUCAGGGUACAAAAAAAGCAAGCUAACACUUUUCCAGGUCUGAAAAGGUCCAAAAUAGUAGCGAGCAAUACAAACUGGAUUACGCUUCCAAUCCAUUGGGUACUCAAAUUCAGGAUUAAAAAAAAAAGCUUGUAUUUCUUGUAAGGUUUACAUUUUACUGUUUAGAUUUUUAUUUGACAUUUUUUCAAGUUACAAGAAUUUACAUUUUUGAGGGGGGAUCUUUACAGUCCCUUCAAAUAUUGUUCACGUGUUUGUAUGCCGCGUAGUUGGAAAAACUAAAUAGAGACUGUGCAAUUGGAUUUUUCCAAUAAGGGAACAAAAAUUCCGAGGUGAGUUCAUAAUUGAUUUGCCACGUGGGCCCGUGAGCUCGCAUGUGAGCGGAAACACGUGUAAACCACACACAGUACCAAUCGCCGUCACCUCACUUAACAUUCAGCUGCUUAAAGUCGGAGUUCUCAUACUUUUGGGGUCCAGAUUUUUCCGCCCCAGUCCUCUCCAGUUGUUUAAUUCACUUGAAACAGUGUUGCCAUGGCAACCUCUUAAAAACUGCCAAGCCUCAUCUCAUAGCAGUUUGAUUAACAAUGUUGUUUCAUUCAUAUAUUAAACACUCACUGACUC